AUGAAUAUUGAAUCCGAAUUCAGUGAUAAUAAAUUUAAAUAUAAUGGAGAAAUUCUUGGUGUUACGCGAGAGAUAAAAAAUAUUGAGAUAAAAGAAGAGGUCAAUGACGAGAGAACAGAAGAAAGAGGUUUGCAGAGAAAUAGUGAAGGUUACGAAAUGACAUCAAAGUUAACGGAAGAUAAAAAAGAGACGGAAGAAAUAGCUGCUGAAAAACUUCAAACAACUGAAAAUAAAGCAAGAAAAUUAGAUACAAUUGAGAAUAAGAAAAGGAUAAAAACGAAGGAAGCAGAAUAUCAAGUGGAAAACAAACAAGGAAUUCAAGAUAAGCGAAGCAACAACAAAGUGAACGAAACGGAGGGGAAAAACGACGAAAAAAAUAUAGGCACAAAAACGACGAAACCAGCGAAAAUUAACACACAAAAGAGAGGAUCAAAGAAAGUGGGAGAAAACCAACGAAACGAAAGAAAAUUAACAACACAAAAAACAAAAUCAAAGAACACAUCUAAAAACAGCAAAACAGAAAUGAACCAAACAAAACACCACUUGAAUGAAGGAACAACAAAAACGCUUAAGGAAAGAAAAAGCGGAAAAAAUAAAAAAAAAAAGAGGGUCAAGCACAGCAUAGAGCAGCUAGAUUGCGUCACCGUACAUCAGAAAAAAAGAAGAACCACAACGGAAAGAAGGAAUGACGUAAACGACGAAACCAGUAGGGAUGUGGAAACGAUCACGGUUCCGAUGCCGUCAUUGACUGAGGACAGACUGCAGACGGGUUCUGUGUCGGAUGCUGUACAGUCAGUGAGCCCACAUGAGGACACAGAUUCACACGGAAACAAUUCUCUCAGUUCGACUGACAACAAGGAGGGUGGGGAAAAUGUGUCACAAUCCGGUCGCACGAGUGAUGUAGAUUUUGGUGGACACAGCACUGAUGAUGACAGUCGAGAUGUGGAUGAGCGUUCGAGUGUGGAUAAUGAUGUGACGAGUGUGACGAAGGAGGGGCAAUCACAUGAGACUGAGAGAGGGUCAGUCGCAGUAGAUAUGGAUGGUGAGACUGUGACACAGGUAGUUGGUGAGGACAAGAUGGUAUCGGUUGGUGAGCACGAAUUUGUGGACAACGAACAACAGGGUGCAUCACGAUCACCCGAUGUAGAUUGGGAGUCACGAAUCGAAGCGACACCUGAGCCGAUCGACGAGACCAGUGGGGAUGUGGAAACGAUCACGGUUCCGAUGCCGUCAUUGACUGAGGACAGACUGCAGACGGGUUCUGUGUCGGAUGCUGUACAGUCAGUGAGCCCACAUGAGGACACAGAUUCACACGGAAACAAUUCUCUCAGUUCGACUGACAACAAGGAGGGUGGGGAAAAUGUGUCACAAUCCGGUCGCACGAGUGAUGUAGAUUUUGGUGGACACAGCACUGAUGAUGACAGUCGAGAUGUGGAUGAGCGUUCGAGUGUGGAUAAUGAUGUGACGAGUGUGACGAAGGAGGGGCAAUCACAUGAGACUGAGAGAGGGUCAGUCGCAGUAGAUAUGGAUGGUGAGACUGUGACACAGGUAGUUGGUGAGGACAAGAUGGUAUCGGUUGGUGAGCACGAAUUUGUGGACAACGAACAACAGGGUGCAUCACGAUCACCCGAUGUAGAUUGGGAGUCACGAAUCGAAGCGACACCUGAGCCGAUCGACGAGACCAGUGGAGAUGUGGAAACGAUCACGGUUCCGAUGCCGUCAUUGACUGAGGACAGACUGCAGACGGGUUCUGUGUCGGAUGCUGUACAGUCAGUGAGCCCACAUGAGGACACAGAUUCACACGGAAACAAUUCUCUCAGUUCGACUGACAACAAGGAGGGUGGGGAAAAUGUGUCACAAUCCGGUCGCACGAGUGAUGUAGAUUUUGGUGGACACAGCACUGAUGAUGACAGUCGAGAUGUGGAUGAGCGUUCGAGUGUGGAUAAUGAUGUGACGAGUGUGACGAAGGAGGGGCAAUCACAUGAGACUGAGAGAGGGUCAGUCGCAGUAGAUAUGGAUGGUGAGACUGUGACACAGGUAGUUGGUGAGGACAAGAUGGUAUCGGUUGGUGAGCACGAAUUUGUGGACAACGAACAACAGGGUGCAUCACGAUCACCCGAUGUAGAUUGGGAGUCACGAAUCGAAGCGACACCUGAGCCGAUCGACGAGACCAGUGGGGAUGUGGAAACGAUCACGGUUCCGAUGCCGUCAUUGACUGAGGACAGACUGCAGACGGGUUCUGUGUCGGAUGCUGUACAGUCAGUGAGCCCACAUGAGGACACAGAUUCACACGGAAACAAUUCUCUCAGUUCGACUGACAACAAGGAGGGUGGGGAAAAUGUGUCACAAUCCGGUCGCACGAGUGAUGUAGAUUUUGGUGGACACAGCACUGAUGAUGACAGUCGAGAUGUGGAUGAGCGUUCGAGUGUGGAUAAUGAUGUGACGAGUGUGACGAAGGAGGGGCAAUCACAUGAGACUGAGAGAGGGUCAGUCGCAGUAGAUAUGGAUGGUGAGACUGUGACACAGGUAGUUGGUGAGGACAAGAUGGUAUCGGUUGGUGAGCACGAAUUUGUGGACAACGAACAACAGGGUGCAUCACGAUCACCCGAUGUAGAUUGGGAGUCACGAAUCGAAGCGACACCUGAGCCGAUCGACGAGACCAGUGGAGAUGUGGAAACGAUCACGGUUCCGAUGCCGUCAUUGACUGAGGACAGACUGCAGACGGGUUCUGUGUCGGAUGCUGUACAGUCAGUGAGCCCACAUGAGGACACAGAUUCACACGGAAACAAUUCUCUCAGUUCGACUGACAACAAGGAGGGUGGGGAAAAUGUGUCACAAUCCGGUCGCACGAGUGAUGUAGAUUUUGGUGGACACAGCACUGAUGAUGACAGUCGAGAUGUGGAUGAGCGUUCGAGUGUGGAUAAUGAUGUGACGAGUGUGACGAAGGAGGGGCAAUCACAUGAGACUGAGAGAGGGUCAGUCGCAGUAGAUAUGGAUGGUGAGACUGUGACACAGGUAGUUGGUGAGGACAAGAUGGUAUCGGUUGGUGAGCACGAAUUUGUGGACAACGAACAACAGGGUGCAUCACGAUCACCCGAUGUAGAUUGGGAGUCACGAAUCGAAGCGACACCUGAGCCGAUCGACGAGACCAGUGGGGAUGUGGAAACGAUCACGGUUCCGAUGCCGUCAUUGACUGAGGACAGACUGCAGACGGGUUCUGUGUCGGAUGCUGUACAGUCAGUGAGCCCACAUGAGGACACAGAUUCACACGGAAACAAUUCUCUCAGUUCGACUGACAACAAGGAGGGUGGGGAAAAUGUGUCACAAUCCGGUCGCACGAGUGAUGUAGAUUUUGGUGGACACAGCACUGAUGAUGACAGUCGAGAUGUGGAUGAGCGUUCGAGUGUGGAUAAUGAUGUGACGAGUGUGACGAAGGAGGGGCAAUCACAUGAGACUGAGAGAGGGUCAGUCGCAGUAGAUAUGGAUGGUGAGACUGUGACACAGGUAGUUGGUGAGGACAAGAUGGUAUCGGUUGGUGAGCACGAAUUUGUGGACAACGAACAACAGGGUGCAUCACGAUCACCCGAUGUAGAUUGGGAGUCACGAAUCGAAGCGACACCUGAGCCGAUCGACGAGACCAGUGGGGAUGUGGAAACGAUCACGGUUCCGAUGCCGUCAUUGACUGAGGACAGACUGCAGACGGGUUCUGUGUCGGAUGCUGUACAGUCAGUGAGCCCACAUGAGGACACAGAUUCACACGGAAACAAUUCUCUCAGUUCGACUGACAACAAGGAGGGUGGGGAAAAUGUGUCACAAUCCGGUCGCACGAGUGAUGUAGAUUUUGGUGGACACAGCACUGAUGAUGACAGUCGAGAUGUGGAUGAGCGUUCGAGUGUGGAUAAUGAUGUGACGAGUGUGACGAAGGAGGGGCAAUCACAUGAGACUGAGAGAGGGUCAGUCGCAGUAGAUAUGGAUGGUGAGACUGUGACACAGGUAGUUGGUGAGGACAAGAUGGUAUCGGUUGGUGAGCACGAAUUUGUGGACAACGAACAACAGGGUGCAUCACGAUCACCCGAUGUAGAUUGGGAGUCACGAAUCGAAGCGACACCUGAGCCGAUCGACGAGACCAGUGGGGAUGUGGAAACGAUCACGGUUCCGAUGCCGUCAUUGACUGAGGACAGACUGCAGACGGGUUCUGUGUCGGAUGCUGUACAGUCAGUGAGCCCACAUGAGGACACAGAUUCACACGGAAACAAUUCUCUCAGUUCGACUGACAACAAGGAGGGUGGGGAAAAUGUGUCACAAUCCGGUCGCACGAGUGAUGUAGAUUUUGGUGGACACAGCACUGAUGAUGACAGUCGAGAUGUGGAUGAGCGUUCGAGUGUGGAUAAUGAUGUGACGAGUGUGACGAAGGAGGGGCAAUCACAUGAGACUGAGAGAGGGUCAGUCGCAGUAGAUAUGGAUGGUGAGACUGUGACACAGGUAGUUGGUGAGGACAAGAUGGUAUCGGUUGGUGAGCACGAAUUUGUGGACAACGAACAACAGGGUGCAUCACGAUCACCCGAUGUAGAUUGGGAGUCACGAAUCGAAGCGACACCUGAGCCGAUCGACGAGACCAGUGGGGAUGUGGAAACGAUCACGGUUCCGAUGCCGUCAUUGACUGAGGACAGACUGCAGACGGGUUCUGUGUCGGAUGCUGUACAGUCAGUGAGCCCACAUGAGGACACAGAUUCACACGGAAACAAUUCUCUCAGUUCGACUGACAACAAGGAGGGUGGGGAAAAUGUGUCACAAUCCGGUCGCACGAGUGAUGUAGAUUUUGGUGGACACAGCACUGAUGAUGACAGUCGAGAUGUGGAUGAGCGUUCGAGUGUGGAUAAUGAUGUGACGAGUGUGACGAAGGAGGGGCAAUCACAUGAGACUGAGAGAGGGUCAGUCGCAGUAGAUAUGGAUGGUGAGACUGUGACACAGGUAGUUGGUGAGGACAAGAUGGUAUCGGUUGGUGAGCACGAAUUUGUGGACAACGAACAACAGGGUGCAUCACGAUCACCCGAUGUAGAUUGGGAGUCACGAAUCGAAGCGACACCUGAGCCGAUCGACGAGACCAGUGGAGAUGUGGAAACGAUCACGGUUCCGAUGCCGUCAUUGACUGAGGACAGACUGCAGACGGGUUCUGUGUCGGAUGCUGUACAGUCAGUGAGCCCACAUGAGGACACAGAUUCACACGGAAACAAUUCUCUCAGUUCGACUGACAACAAGGAGGGUGGGGAAAAUGUGUCACAAUCCGGUCGCACGAGUGAUGUAGAUUUUGGUGGACACAGCACUGAUGAUGACAGUCGAGAUGUGGAUGAGCGUUCGAGUGUGGAUAAUGAUGUGACGAGUGUGACGAAGGAGGGGCAAUCACAUGAGACUGAGAGAGGGUCAGUCGCAGUAGAUAUGGAUGGUGAGACUGUGACACAGGUAGUUGGUGAGGACAAGAUGGUAUCGGUUGGUGAGCACGAAUUUGUGGACAACGAACAACAGGGUGCAUCACGAUCACCCGAUGUAGAUUGGGAGUCACGAAUCGAAGCGACACCUGAGCCGAUCGACGAGACCAGUGGAGAUGUGGAAACGAUCACGGUUCCGAUGCCGUCAUUGACUGAGGACAGACUGCAGACGGGUUCUGUGUCGGAUGCUGUACAGUCAGUGAGCCCACAUGAGGACACAGAUUCACACGGAAACAAUUCUCUCAGUUCGACUGACAACAAGGAGGGUGGGGAAAAUGUGUCACAAUCCGGUCGCACGAGUGAUGUAGAUUUUGGUGGACACAGCACUGAUGAUGACAGUCGAGAUGUGGAUGAGCGUUCGAGUGUGGAUAAUGAUGUGACGAGUGUGACGAAGGAGGGGCAAUCACAUGAGACUGAGAGAGGGUCAGUCGCAGUAGAUAUGGAUGGUGAGACUGUGACACAGGUAGUUGGUGAGGACAAGAUGGUAUCGGUUGGUGAGCACGAAUUUGUGGACAACGAACAACAGGGUGCAUCACGAUCACCCGAUGUAGAUUGGGAGUCACGAAUCGAAGCGACACCUGAGCCGAUCGACGAGACCAGUGGGGAUGUGGAAACGAUCACGGUUCCGAUGCCGUCAUUGACUGAGGACAGACUGCAGACGGGUUCUGUGUCGGAUGCUGUACAGUCAGUGAGCCCACAUGAGGACACAGAUUCACACGGAAACAAUUCUCUCAGUUCGACUGACAACAAGGAGGGUGGGGAAAAUGUGUCACAAUCCGGUCGCACGAGUGAUGUAGAUUUUGGUGGACACAGCACUGAUGAUGACAGUCGAGAUGUGGAUGAGCGUUCGAGUGUGGAUAAUGAUGUGACGAGUGUGACGAAGGAGGGGCAAUCACAUGAGACUGAGAGAGGGUCAGUCGCAGUAGAUAUGGAUGGUGAGACUGUGACACAGGUAGUUGGUGAGGACAAGAUGGUAUCGGUUGGUGAGCACGAAUUUGUGGACAACGAACAACAGGGUGCAUCACGAUCACCCGAUGUAGAUUGGGAGUCACGAAUCGAAGCGACACCUGAGCCGAUCGACGAGACCAGUGGAGAUGUGGAAACGAUCACGGUUCCGAUGCCGUCAUUGACUGAGGACAGACUGCAGACGGGUUCUGUGUCGGAUGCUGUACAGUCAGUGAGCCCACAUGAGGACACAGAUUCACACGGAAACAAUUCUCUCAGUUCGACUGACAACAAGGAGGGUGGGGAAAAUGUGUCACAAUCCGGUCGCACGAGUGAUGUAGAUUUUGGUGGACACAGCACUGAUGAUGACAGUCGAGAUGUGGAUGAGCGUUCGAGUGUGGAUAAUGAUGUGACGAGUGUGACGAAGGAGGGGCAAUCACAUGAGACUGAGAGAGGGUCAGUCGCAGUAGAUAUGGAUGGUGAGACUGUGACACAGGUAGUUGGUGAGGACAAGAUGGUAUCGGUUGGUGAGCACGAAUUUGUGGACAACGAACAACAGGGUGCAUCACGAUCACCCGAUGUAGAUUGGGAGUCACGAAUCGAAGCGACACCUGAGCCGAUCGACGAGACCAGUGGGGAUGUGGAAACGAUCACGGUUCCGAUGCCGUCAUUGACUGAGGACAGACUGCAGACGGGUUCUGUGUCGGAUGCUGUACAGUCAGUGAGCCCACAUGAGGACACAGAUUCACACGGAAACAAUUCUCUCAGUUCGACUGACAACAAGGAGGGUGGGGAAAAUGUGUCACAAUCCGGUCGCACGAGUGAUGUAGAUUUUGGUGGACACAGCACUGAUGAUGACAGUCGAGAUGUGGAUGAGCGUUCGAGUGUGGAUAAUGAUGUGACGAGUGUGACGAAGGAGGGGCAAUCACAUGAGACUGAGAGAGGGUCAGUCGCAGUAGAUAUGGAUGGUGAGACUGUGACACAGGUAGUUGGUGAGGACAAGAUGGUAUCGGUUGGUGAGCACGAAUUUGUGGACAACGAACAACAGGGUGCAUCACGAUCACCCGAUGUAGAUUGGGAGUCACGAAUCGAAGCGACACCUGAGCCGAUCGACGAGACCAGUGGGGAUGUGGAAACGAUCACGGUUCCGAUGCCGUCAUUGACUGAGGACAGACUGCAGACGGGUUCUGUGUCGGAUGCUGUACAGUCAGUGAGCCCACAUGAGGACACAGAUUCACACGGAAACAAUUCUCUCAGUUCGACUGACAACAAGGAGGGUGGGGAAAAUGUGUCACAAUCCGGUCGCACGAGUGAUGUAGAUUUUGGUGGACACAGCACUGAUGAUGACAGUCGAGAUGUGGAUGAGCGUUCGAGUGUGGAUAAUGAUGUGACGAGUGUGACGAAGGAGGGGCAAUCACAUGAGACUGAGAGAGGGUCAGUCGCAGUAGAUAUGGAUGGUGAGACUGUGACACAGGUAGUUGGUGAGGACAAGAUGGUAUCGGUUGGUGAGCACGAAUUUGUGGACAACGAACAACAGGGUGCAUCACGAUCACCCGAUGUAGAUUGGGAGUCACGAAUCGAAGCGACACCUGAGCCGAUCGACGAGACCAGUGGAGAUGUGGAAACGAUCACGGUUCCGAUGCCGUCAUUGACUGAGGACAGACUGCAGACGGGUUCUGUGUCGGAUGCUGUACAGUCAGUGAGCCCACAUGAGGACACAGAUUCACACGGAAACAAUUCUCUCAGUUCGACUGACAACAAGGAGGGUGGGGAAAAUGUGUCACAAUCCGGUCGCACGAGUGGUUCUGAUGUUGUUGAACGCAACACUUUUGGUUUUGUUGAGGAUGUGUAUGUUGAAAAAUGUUUCUUAUCUUUUCAUCGUGUCUGUGUUUUUGUUGGUCAGUUGGUUUACGAAAAUUCUUUGAAUAGUUUUGUUAGCAACUCUUUUUCUAAUUGUCUCUUGUCAGUAUAA